AUGAAUAAUCCAGAAGUAAUUUAUGCAAACCUUACAGGAGAUUCAGAGCCUUUCGUUACUGAUAGUUUAUGUGUAAAUUGUGAAUUACAAGGCAAAACUACAAUUUUAUUGACUAAAAUACCCAUGUUCUCAAAUAUUAUCAUUGUCUCUUUUGAUUGUGAACAUUGUGGAUAUAAAAAUAAUGAAGUGUAAUUUGGUGGAGAAAUCAAAGAAAAGGGAAUUAAACUGCAUUUAAAAGUCAGCGAACCUAAAGAUCUCCAAAGACAGAUCAUUCGAUCAGAGUUCUGUAAAGCUUUGAUUCCAGAACUAGAGUUUGAGAUGCCAUCCAAUAAGAAGAGCAGCAUCAAUACUUUAGAAGGAUUCCUCCAAAAUAUUAUAGAUGACUUAUCACAUGAUUAACCUAUCAGAAAAUUUACAUAAGUGGAAGUUUAUGAUCGAAUUGAAUAUAUCGUUGGAAAAUUAAAGGAAUUCAAAGAUGGUUAAGGAUUACCCUUUCAUUGGAUACUGGAAGACCCCUCUGGAAAUAGUUUCAUUUAAGAUCCAAAUGAACUCUAAGAAGAUCCCCAACUUAAGAUUCAACAUUACAUAAGAACGAUCGAAGAGUUGGAAGCUAUGGGAUAUAAGGUUCAGCAAAUACAGCAAUAAUAAGAAGUCAUUGCAAACCCAAUUCAUUAAGGGACUGAAUAGAUCUAAGCAGGCGGAUAAAAUUUUGCUUAAUCUAUAGAUGAUUGUGUUAAAGAUGAAUCUAUCAAUAUUCCAACACCUUGUAAUGUCUGUGAGGAAAUGGGAGAAAACAAAAUGUGCACCGUCACUAUUCCUCAUUUUAAAGAGAUUCUUAUUAUGAGUUUCAAUUGUGGAUUUUGUGGAUUCAAAGACACAGAGGUUAAAGCAACUGGUGAGAUCAGUAAACAAGGUAAAAUAAUAGAAUUGAAAUUUGAAAAUGAAAAUGACUUAUGCAGAGAUGUAUUUAAAUCAGAUACUGCUAAAUUGAUUAUUCCUGAUAUUGAAUUGGAACUUGGAACUGGUACUUUGGGUGGAGUAUAUUCAAAUGUUGAGGGGUUAUUGGAAUAAAUUCUUUCACGUUUAAGGGAUAAUAAUCCAUUUGUUGGAGAUAGUGCUGAUGAGGAUUAUAAGAAGAAGAUGGAAUAAAUAUUUUAGAAAUUGGAGGAAUUCAAGUCUGGGAAAUCCAAGUUUACUUUAAUCAUAAGAGAUUUAGUCGAAAAUAGCUUCAUUUAAAAUCCUUACUAUCCAAAUGAAGACAAUUAAGUUAAAAUCACUCUCUUUGAUAGAAAUCCAGAGGACAAUGAUGAAUUAGGAAUAGAUACAAUGAAGACAGAAAAUUAUCAAAAUUGAUCAAAAAUAUAUAAUUCAUUUUA